UGAUGCAAAUCAACAGGUGGCUUACUCUGUACACGAAGUACUUGUUCGUAUUAAAAUACUUACAAACAACCUGAUCACAAAUGCGCCACCGGAAAUUGCCAGUGUUUUGCCUGUUAUCGCUCGGAGCGAUCGGGUUAGCAUCUGGUCAGCAGUAUCUUUGCGAUGGUCAACUGUAUUCCUAUGCCUAUCCCGGGUGCACGUAUAACAAUUACAACAACAACUACGGCAACUAUGGGAGCUUAUACGGAUCUUAUGGAGGCUUUUCCGGUUCCGAUUAUUCGCCGUAUUCGUCGUUGUAUGGACCCAGUCUCUUAACCUCCCUCCUUAAUCCUUACAGCUCUCGGAAUUCUUUAUCGGACUACAGCUCCCUCCUUAAUCCCUAUAGUUCUCUGAGCUCAUUAUCGGACUACAGCUCACUCCUAAAUCCCUAUGGUUCUCUGAAUUCUUUGUCUGAUUACGGUUCCCUUCUCAACCGCUACAGUUCCCUGGGAUCUUUAUCGGAUUACAGCUCUCUUCUUAAUCCCUACAGUUCUCUCAGUUCUUCAAAUGACAACCGUUUAUUGUACUCGCUGUUGCUGGGUAAAAAAUAAGGAAACCACUGCCCAUAACAGCCUGUUUUGCUUUUUCUCUUAUGUUUUUCAUUGCAGUUUAAUUCGCACACAUUUAAAAAGAGAAAUAAAAA